UGUCCUAUGUGGGUGCAGAGCGGCAGCCCACGGUGCCACUUUGGUCCCUGUGCACCGCUGUGCCCGCUGGCCGAUGCCAGCUUUUGCCUGGGAUCCGGCACAGCCCCGAUGCCUGCGCCCAUCUGAGGGACGCUGCCUUCCUCUGGAGCCACCCGUGAGUGGUGCGAGGGCGUUCGGGUGUGGGUGAGUGUCCCUCCAGGAGCUGCCUGGCCCCUGGGGAGCGGGGCGAGGGACAGGGUGACCCCAGGCAGCUCCCACCUGCCUCGGGGCAGGUCAGCAGCAUUGCCUCCCAGCUGCCUCCACUGUGCUGCUGCCCGCACCACCGCCCAGCUCCGUGCACCCCGAGCCGACAGACGCUUUUCCCCUGGGAAGCAAAAACACACACACAAGACCCACGGAGGAGAAGUGUGUGCAGCCCCGCGCUCAACCGCCCGCUGCCUGCUGCAAACCCCUGAAACAAGCCCGGCCGGCCGUCGGGAGAGGCUGAGAGAUGGCCGAAGGGGAAAUCACUACCUUCACCGCCCUGACCGAAAAGUUCAACCUUCCCCUGGGGAACUACAAGAAACCCAAACUCCUGUACUGCAGCAACGGGGGCCACUUCCUACGGAUCCUCCCAGACGGCAAAGUGGACGGGACCAGGGACCGCAGCGACCAGCACAUUCAACUCCAGCUAAGCGCGGAAAGCGUGGGAGAGGUGUAUAUAAAGAGCACCCAGUCUGGGCAGUACCUGGCGAUGGACACCAACGGGCUGCUCUAUGGCUCGCAGUUACUGGGUGAGGAGUGCCUGUUCCUUGAAAGGAUCGAAGAAAACCAUUACAACACGUACACCUCCAAAAAGCACGCAGAUAAGAACUGGUUUGUAGGUCUGAAGAAGAACGGGAACAGCAAGCUGGGGCCGCGGACUCACUAUGGCCAGAAGGCGAUCCUCUUCCUCCCGCUGCCCGUCUCGGCCGACUAAGACCUGUCCUGGGAGCUCAGAGACAACCCGAACCCCAAAACCCAACUGCCGCCUCCUCCUUUUCCCUCACUGGCUCUCUUUUUGGCUAGUAUGACAGAGCCAAACGUUAGAACUCCGAGCUUUAGGUAAAUGCAUUACCACAAAUAGACGAAGCAGAGCUCCUCUGCCCUGCACGAAGCUUUGCAGAGAUGAGGGGAAAAGCCCUGACCCCCCCACCAAGGUCCACUGUCAUCCCCACCUCCCCCUGCCCUCCGCCGUCUGUCGGUGCAUGCCGUGACCACGCUGCAGCUCCCAGGGACACACACAGACCUGCCCCGGCCAGGCAUCCAGAAACGUGGCCAAGGGCACCCUAAGGACACCCUAGUUACCAGAGAAAUGCACGCUUUUACUGUCCCCAGUCAUUCUAAGGCUAAACCUCCCUGGAUGCUCUGUAUUAACAUAUUUAUCCACCUAAGUACAUAGCUUCUAAUAUGCCCUUCAAGCAAUUUCAGACUGCGCCAUCAGUCACGUUAUCGAGUGCCAGCCUGGUUAAAUGCUUGCCGAUAUUCUUGGCGUAUUAAGCUAAACUAGCAUCAGCCAAAAGCUCCAAGCCCUAGACAUCCUAGCCUCCCUUACAACAUGAAUAUUGCUGUAUUUCAUGCUAGUACCUGCCAUAUGUUAUUUGUACUUAUUUAUUAAGUAAAUAUGUCUCUUCUACA